AUGAACUCACUAGACGCGAGACUACAGCCUGCAUUAGACUCGAGAAAGUCUCGAGGCAUCCUUCGCCGCGUUCCCCCUUCAUCGGUGCUCCGUCAAGUCCCCCGGCAGAUCGAUUUUUCGUCCAAUGAUUAUCUCUCCCUUGCGUCCUCUGCCGAUCUCCGCCUGAAUUUCAUCGAUCAGAUCCAGGCUGCACCUCGAGUACUUGGUUCUGGGGGCAGCCGCCUUCUAGAUGGUGGCACACUGGAGCAUGCCCUUCUGGAAGAGAGACUGGCCGCAUUCUUCGGAGCACCAUCAGCACUCCUCUACACAUCUGGAUUCGAUGCAAAUGUCGGAUUUUUCGGGUGCGUGCCUGCAGAGGGAGACGUGCUCGUCUACGACUCGCUUAUCCAUGCCUCUGUUCACGACGGCAUGCGGAGCUCUCGAGCUGCUCGUAUCCCUGGCUCCUUGAUUCCAUUCGAGCAUAAUUCCACGGCCUCAUUGCGCGCGGUUAUCCGAAGCGCGCUCCAGACCCGACCUCGGAUUGCGGAUGGGAGUUCAAGCUUAUUCAUCGCCAUCGAAUCAUUGUAUAGUAUGGAUGGUGAUAUUUCCCCGAUGACGGAAAUAUGCGAUAUCGCAGACGAGUUGCUGCCAAAGGGGAAUGGCCAUGUCGUCGUCGACGAGGCACACGCUACAGGCGUCUAUGGUCCCAACGGUCGGGGUCUCGUAGCACAUUUUGGUCUAGAAAAUAGAGUGACUGCCCGUCUCCACACCUUUGGAAAGGCAUUGGCGUCUAGCGGUGCCGUGUUCCUGACAAGUGAGAUUGUGCGAAGCUAUCUCGUCAACUACUCCAGACCCCAGGUGUUCACCACUGCGAUAUCGUUCGGCACCGUUAUCAGCCUUCACGUCGUCUUCGACGCGCUCGAGGCCGGAUAUUGCCUUUCUCGAUCUGAACGCCUCCAGGCAUUGCGUGAUACGCUUACCAUGGACGGAGACUGCCUUGUAUACGCCUAUAAUACCGCUCUUAUCGCCGUUCGCCAAACCUUUGGCACUUCAUCUUCAGGAACGAGGUUUCCUCUUCAAAGAACUGCGAGCACCAAUGUGAACAAGUCGCUGCCAUCCCAAGGCACAGGCAAAGCUCAGGACUCAUCGUCUGAAGUGGCUCCGAAACCCAAAUUGAAUACAAAUCUCCGCAAGACUGCCUCUGCCUCUCUUUCAAUCCGCGAAAAGUCGACCCGAGGAGCCAUCCGCCCAGUUGUCACGCUCAGUACUGCGGAAAGAUAUAUCCUCAAGCCUCUUCUCAAGACACAAAAGGCGUCCAACGCGACCAUGUUCGCAGAAGCUCUCUGGUUGCCGGUCGUGCACGCGUCGUCCAAUCGACAAAAAGCAGAGGCAUCAGAAAAGGAAAACGAGAGAGAUGAACCAGGAGAGGCAUUCAUCUUUGAAAAUGGAUGUGCUGUGUUUUGGGGUAUACAAGAAGACGACGCCCUUCGGUUUUUGAACAAGCUGGUGCGGAGGAAUGGCGUCGAGUUGGGGAGGUAUUCCGAAGAGGAAACAGAAGAAGUAGAAUUUGUGACGGAUCCGUCAGAGCGAACGCGAUUACAAGGAGACUUGAUUAUUCUUGGCGAAUCGCUCCCACUCUCAAAUCCAGAGGAGAUUCUUCCAGCUUCAUUGCCAAAAGCAUCAUUGCCGGAGGAUACUUUGGCUGCUCGAUAUGCCUUUUCGGAGGCACUCGCUCGCUCGACUGCCCUCUCCGCGAUUGAAACUGGCGUUGAAGAGUUUCUUCAGUCUGUAUCCAAGCUUCCACAGACGUUGUCCUCUACUGGUCGACCCGGUUUGACGCGAACGGAGAUUAUCAAGAAGAUGGGCCUUCUUCUCAAGUUCCGCCAACGUAUCUUCCUCAAUCCUCAAAACUUUACCGACAUGCCAGAGGUGUACUGGAGUGAACCACAACUAGAAAAGUACUUCAAUCAGAUGAGCGAUGCUCUUGAAAUCAAGUCGAGAACACAACUUGUCAAUGCCAAAAUUACAUAUGCCGUCGAGCUUCAGUCAGUAAUGCGGGAGUUGCUAACAGAAGCUUCUGGACAUAGAAUGGAACUCAUCAUUAUUGCUCUUAUCGCAUUCGAGGCCACGCUGGCCUUUAUCAGAGAAGGCCCAGAAAUCUGGAAGAUGAUAUCGGGACAGUCAAAGGAGAAGAGUUCUGCACGGCAUUGA